AUAACUCUAUAUGUUUCCAAGCUGAAAUCCGUUGGCAGAGAUUUUCCUUUAGAAAAACUUGUUACACUAAGAGAGACACAACGUUUAUGUCGUCUUUCUGAUGAGCUUGCGGAGAAUCUUGUUUGUGCUAUUUCGAAAGAUAUUGACUCCGUUGUUUCUAUUGAAGCUAAAAAUGACGAGGAAAAGAUUGUGGAUGGACAAGGUCUUCGAAUCAGAGUAGAUUGUGAUGGAUACUCUACUGCUAGUUCAAUUGAUUCUAAUGCCAUGUGGCAGUGUUCGCGAGAGAGUUUGGAGAAUGAGCAAUUUGAGAAGGUAAGUGUUGCCUUAAAUGAAUUUGAAUAUGAUGAGAUGAAACUUGAUAGGACUGAUGAAAUUAGGGUUGAGUUUAUUGAGACCGAUGAUGUAAUGCAAAGGAAGUUGGAAGUUGUUAACAACACGGAGACCUCUGAUAUGGUUGAAGAAACUUCUAAUGCAGGUAGAUUAUUGGAGUUCAAUGCUGAGGGUUUCAUUGACAGCAUGAUGCUGGAGCAGAAUACUAGUGUUGACUGUUUAGGAGAACAUAAUCCCCGAACAUGUGAGUCUCUAUUGGAUGCCUUUGCUGCGGAAUCAGAUUUGGAGUUGAAGCCUUGUUCCUCUUCUCCACCACCACCAAAGCCAGCCUAA